AAGACAAGGCAUACGACUAUCGGUGCAAAUGGUUUGGCAAUCACUGAAGAGAUGGUCAUCGCAUGGAUCCCAUGGAUCCGAUGACUUGAAGCCAGACAUCAGUAAUGAGGAGCUGAAGAAGUUGUACGCGAAGGCGUCGACCCAGAAGUUCCCGGAGAACCCUCGGUAUCCGUUUCAUCCGACAUCGGGAGUGAUGCCGAUGACAAUCACCGGCAGAUUCGACAACGAAAGGGAACGACUCGGCCCUGACUUCGACGACGUCCAGAGGGAGUGGCGCAUGAAGUGGAUCCGCGACCAACACCUGCACCCGAGUGAGCCCUUCCCAGUCAAACAACUCUACUAUGAGUACCACAACGGCAUCCGACGCUUCUAUCGCAAGCCAUUGGAUCUCUUGGAGGAAAAUCUGUCCAAACAUGUGAGCCGGGAGACAGCGAUGAUAACCCGUAAGGCGAUUGGACGUGGAUUUCUGAUAUACCUGUCAAUGGUGGCGGGCUGGUAUUACAUGAAGUAUAACCGGGCGCACUGGGAGAAGCACAGGGGCGCUAAGAUAUACGUGCAGAAGGAAACGGUAUACCCGGGAGACGUGCGGUUCCCCCGCGCGGACCCGCGAACCGAGUCGUGGCAGCACUACGACAGAGACUUUCACAACAGAAAAGUCUUUCUCAACAAAGACUAGCUUUCAAUGCAACCGAUGCUUAAGAACUUUUCAAUUCUUUUCAUAGAUCAUAGAAUAUUAGCCUUUAAUUCAAACGAUUAGUGUUCAAAUGUUUAUAAUUAUAGCUUAAAUGAAGAAUAAAUUAAUUGUUAUCACAUUUGCUUUUGUAUAUUAUUUGAAAACAUGA